ACCAGGCUUGGAUGGAUGGAACUCUUCUUGAAGCACAGAGCACCAAUAGAAAACUCCUCCUAGCUCCAGAUUGCUUUAAUGAGCAGCUGAACAAAGCAGCAUGCGUCAGGGUUAAGAGCCUGCUCUUGGAGCCCACGACCCAGCUCUGCUAGAGCCUGAGCCCUUGUGAAUCCGGCAAUGACAAGUCUGAAUGGUCGCCAUGCCGAGAAAACCACUGACAUGCCAAAACCAUCAGCCCCCAAAGUGCACGUACAGAGGUCUGUGUCCCGAGACACCAUCGCCAUUCAUUUCUCGGCAUCUGGGGAGGAGGAGGAGGAAGAGGAGGAGGAGUUCAGGGAGUAUCUGGAAGAGGGACUAGAUGACCAAAGCAUUGUAACAGGGCUCGAAGCCAAGGAGGACCUGUAUCUUGAACCCUGGGGUGGCCAUGACCCUGUUGGCCCUGCUGCCUCAUCCGACCUGGCAGAUGGACUGCCCGUGUCCAAGACCCCUGCCAUUUUGCCCGUCUCCGAGAACACUGUAAAGCUACUGGAGUCCCCUGCUCCGGCAGUGCAAGUAUUAAGUACAGUGCCACUGGCUCUGUCCCCAGGGUCGUCUUCAUCGGGGCCCUUAGCUAGCUCUCCCAGUGUGUCAUCCCUUUCUGAGCAGAAAACCAGUUCUUCCUCCCCACUGUCCUCUCCUUCCAAGUCUCCUGUCCUCCCAUCCAGUGCCUCAUCCUCCACCCUUUCCAGUGCAAAGCCCUUCAUGAACUUGGUAAAGUCCCUGUCAACGGAGGUGGAGCCAAAAGAAUCCCCACACCCCUCACGGCACAGACACUUGAUGAAGACAUUGGUCAAGUCUCUGUCCACAGACACCUCCAGGCAGGAGUCGGAUACUGUGUCCUAUAAACCGCCUGACUCCAAGCUGAAUUUGCACCUUUUCAAGCAGUUCACACAGCCACGAAACACAGGUGGAGAUUCCAAAACUGCGCCUUCUUCCCCGCUCACUUCUCCCUCUGAUACUCGCUCCUUUUUUAAAGUGCCCGAAAUGGAGGCGAAAAUCGAAGACACUAAACGACGCCUUUCAGAAGUCAUUUAUGAGCCUUUUCAGCUCCUCAGCAAAAUCAUCGGGGAAGAAAGUGGCAGCCACAGGCCCAAAGCCUUAUCCUCAAGUGCUUCAGAACUCUCCAACCUGUCCAGCUUGAAUGGGCACCUGGAAAGCAAUAACAACUAUAGCAUCAAGGAAGAGGAGUGUGACUCCGAAGGGGAUGGCUAUGGCAGUGACUCCAACACCCCCAGGAGCGACGACCCAAAGCCCACUGAGGAAUCUACAAAAGAGGUGGAGUUCAAGGCUUCCCAGGCCAGCAGUCUGAAGGACUUAGGUCUGAGGACAAGCUCUCUCGUUCUUGAGAAAUGUUCUCUGUCUGCCUUAGUGAGCAAAGAGGAUGAAGAGUUCUGUGAACUGUACACUGAGGACUUUGAGCUGGAGACUGAGAGCGAGGGGAGACUGGAGAAGCCCUUGGAUGUUCCCCUUAAGGCAGAGGUGCUUGCUGACGAUGGCAUGGUUCUUGACAGUGAGGAUGAGGCAGACUCAGCCACCCAGCACCAGGAAUUACCUGUGAAGAUGCUGGGCUUCUUUAUAAUAUGUGUCUACAUGUACCUCAUCCUCCCCCUCCCCUACUACCUAAGCGGGCUCUUCCUGGGCAUCGGCCUUGGGUUCAUGACUGCCGUUUGCAUGAUUUGGUUUUUUACACCACCAAGUGCUCAUAACUAUCACAAAUCACACAAAACUCUGCAACACUGGAACACAAGAUCUCUGGACAUCAAAGAGCCUGAAAUAUUGAAGGGAUGGAUGAAUGAGAUUUACAACUAUGAUCCAGAAACUUACCAUGCAACGUUAACACAUUCAGUCUUUGUCCGGCUUGAGGGUGGAACCUUAAGACUUUCAAAGCCCAAUAAAAACAUCUCCAGGAGGGUGAGCUACAAUGAAACAAAACCCGAGGUCACCUACAUCAGCCAGAAAAUCUACGACCUCUCAGACAGCAAGAUUUAUCUUGUACCUAAAAGUUUGGCUCGCAAACGAAUCUGGAAUAAAAAAUACCCCAUUUGUAUUGAGCUUGGUCGGCAAGAUGACUUUAUGUCUAAGGCUCAGAAUGAUAAGGAGACUUGUGAAGAGAAGCCACCAGCUGAGAAAGAGCUGGGCAGCGAGGACACUAAGAAGCCACCCCAACCUCAAGAAGGAGCAAAAUCUAUCCAUCGAGAUCAAAUACUCUAUCUGUUUGGGAGAACUGGCCGAGAAAAAGAGGAGUGGUUUAGGAGAUUUAUUCUGGCAUCUAAGCUGAAGUAUGACCUCAAGAAGCCACCUGGUGUCUCUGGAAGUAAAUCAGGGUUUUUGCCCACCCACAGCAGACACAGCAGUCCCUCUGGGCAUCUGACUCACAGCCGCAGCAGCAGCAAAGGCAGCAUGGAGGAGAUCAUGUCUCAGCCCAAACAGAAAGAGCUAGUGGGCAGCGUGCGGCAGAAGAUGCUUCUGGACUAUAGUGUGUACAUGGGCAGGUGUGUGCCCCAGGACAGCCGAAGCCCCCACAGGAGCCCUGUGCAGAGUGCAGAGAGCAGCCCCACUGCUGGGAAGAAGUUGCCAGAGGCUCCACCCUCCGAGGAGGAAGAACAGGCAGCCUGGGUGAACGCCUUGCUUGGAAGAAUAUUUUGGGACUUCUUAGGCGAGAAAUACUGGUCUGAUGUGGUGUCUAAGAAAAUCCAGAUGAAACUCAGCAAAAUAAAGCUCCCCUACUUUAUGAAUGAGCUAACGCUGACAGAACUUGACAUGGGUGUGGCUGUGCCAAAAAUCCUUCAGGCCUUCAAGCCUUAUGUUGAUCACCAAGGACUCUGGAUCGAUUUGGAAAUGUCCUACAAUGGGUCCUUUCUGAUGACUCUCGAGACCAAAAUGAACUUGACCAAACUAGGUAAAGAGCCUCUUGUUGAAGCCCUGAAGGUUGGAGAAAUUGGCAAAGAAGGCACAGUUCUAAAAAGAUAUUUGGGUGGCGCUCUGAGAGGGAAGAAUGCUCCUGGAAUUCUGAGUUGCAGGCCCAGGGCAUAUUGUCUGGCUGACAGUGAUGAGGAAUCCUCCAGUGCCGGUUCCUCUGAUGAAGAUGAUGCACCAGACCCCAGUACUGGAGACAAACAGCAGCUCCCUGGGGCUGAGGGGUAUGUUGGAGGUCAUCGAACAAGUAAGAUUAUGAGAUUUGUUGAUAAAAUUACCAAAUCAAAAUAUUUCCAAAAAGCAACAGAGACAGAAUUCAUUAAAAAGAAGAUUGAAGAAGUCUCCAAUACUCCCCUGCUGCUAACUGUCGAAGUACAAGAAUGUCGAGGGACCUUGGCAGUCAACAUUCCACCACCCCCGACUGACCGGAUAUGGUAUGGUUUCCGGAAGCCACCAUAUGUGGAGCUGAAAGCUCGGCCAAAACUUGGAGAGAGGGAAGUGACUUUAGUUCACGUGACAGACUGGAUAGAGAAGAAACUGGAGCAGGAGUUUCAGAAAGUUUUUGUCAUGCCAAAUAUGGAUGAUGUUUAUAUCCCUAUAAUGCACUCAGCCAUGGACCCUCGCUCCACUUCCUGUCUCCUGAAAGAUGCACCUGUGGAGGCCUCUGACCAGCUGUGAUGGGUGAAGAUGGGAUAUUCCCAGUCUGAGACCUAGUUCAAGGUAUGGGAUUUGCAACUGCCAUUUGUGCUGUGGUCCUGGCCUUUACUGGUGCCACAGCCACUGUCUCUUAAAGGACUGCUUCUGCCCUCUGCCUGCCAGUGCCCAUUCCACUGUGAGGUGUCAUUCCCUGCAACCAGUGACAAGUGUCUGGAUUACCUGCUGUGAAGCUUUGACUGGCAAAGACUAGAAGAAUCAUCAUGGUGGAACCAGGUUACAGUUGACUCACACCAUGGCUUUUUAAAAGUCUACCAGUUCUUGUGGCAGCAAACGAGCACAUUCAGCAAAGCUGUACAACUGGAUGGCUCCCCUAGCCUCUCGACUCCUCCAAAGCUUUUCCUCAGGCAGCUGGUGCACAAUGGAACAUUUUUCCACUGUACGCAUGAUUGCAGCCCUCCACACUCCAAGAAUGUCACUGUGGUAACCUGUGUGGAGAGUAGUUUUGUGAGCCAUUUUAUCAGUGGUAAAGAUAGGCAUAGCAACUUUUUUUCACAUUAAAUUGUGCGUUUUGGAAGCAAGUAGCCAUAGUAUACACACACACUUUCAGCUGGGGUGGGGACAGUAGGUUUUAUGUGAACAUCAGACAAAACCAUGAGAUCAAACUAUCCCAAGCGUUUCACCAAUGAGGUAUAAUCACCUUGCUUCUAACCAACCCCAGUUGUUUUCCUGAGACAUGAGCAUAUGUGACAUUGUCCCAUACUGCACACAAUGCUUGAUUGCUCCUCCCUAGUACAGACGGGCUGGAGCCAGAAAGCCAGGGCCAAAGCCUUCUCAUCUGGCUUUUUCUCUGUCCUCCGGGAAGCUUCGUGUCAGAAUGGGAGUGCUUUGUUAAUUGGUCUGAGAGUUUUGUGGGCAGUUUCUUUCUCUGAUGGCCAAAAUGGAGAACUCCUCUUUCAGUUCUAGCUGACAUCAGACACUACACCUGGUAUGAACUCAUGACCUUUCUUUAAUGUUGCCAACUUAAUUUUGUGCAUUUGUGUCAGAAUAUUUAGUUUACAAUUUUGGGGACUAUAUGAUUUGCUAAUACCAAUCUUUAUUGUUUAAAGCUGCAUUCAAUGUCAAAAUUACUUUAGGUAACUUUUGAUUAACAUCUGUGGACAAAGCAAACAGUGGUUUUAACAGCACCUUGCCUGAAGAUGGCUUUGAAAAAAUUAAUAUAUUAAAAAAUUAUAUUUGAAUCCUUGAUAUCUUAAUUACACCAUUAAAACAUGACUUAAAUUAUUUGAC